UACAACUUACAAGGGUAGACACCAAAACAGAGGGAUAAUCAAACCAGAAGUCCAGACUCAUGACCCUUCUGAUUUAAUUAGGGUUCUCAAACCUCCCUAAAACCUUUCACGAAAAAUCAAUGGAAAACACCACAAACCAUUCAAGACCCAAUAAAAAACGAAAAACCGGCCAAAACCCUGAAACCACUUUCCUCGUUAACCUUCAGUCAUGCUCCAAAUCCAAGGACCUCCAAACUGCAAUUUCCUUAUACGAAUCAGCUCUCUCUCAGAACCUCCGUCUUUCCCUCCACCACUUCAAUGCUAUUCUUUACCUAUGUUCAAACUUCAUCACUGAUCCAUCAUCUAAAGACUCCGCUAUCGAUUAUGGGUUUCGCGUGUUCAAUCACAUGCUAUUAAGUAACGUCAACCCAAACGAGGCUUCGGUCACGGCUGUUACCAGGCUGGCGGCGGGCAGAAAAGAUGGUUGUUACGCUUUUGAGUUGAUUAAAAGAAUGAAUAAAGAGUUUAAUAUUGUUCCGAGGUUGAGAACAUAUGAUCCGGCAUUGUUCUGUUUUUGUGAAAAUUUAGAGGCUGAGAAGGCCUAUGAAGUGGAAGAGCAUAUGGGUUUAAUGGGGCUAAGUUUGGAAGAGCCGGAGAUCGCGGCAUUGUUGAAAGUGAGCUCGGAGACUGGGAGAGGAGAAAGAGUUUAUGGGUACUUGCAGAAGUUGAGGAAUAGUGGAGGGUGUGCGAGUGAAGAGACGGGGAGAGUUAUUGAGGAUUGGUUUUGUGGAGAAAAGGGUAGUGAGGUUAAAGGAGUGAGUUGUGGUGUGGGAAUGCUGAAAGAAGCGAUUUUGAAGAACGGAGGAGGGUGGCAUGGGAUAGGGUGGAUUGGGGAGGGCAAGUGGUUGGUGAAGAGAGGGAUUGUGGAUGAGAUUGGAAAGUGUUGUUGUGGUGAGCAGUUGUGUUGUGUUGAUACUGAUGAUAUGGAGACUGAGAGGUUUGCGCUGUCGAUUGCCGGAUUGGCUAUGGAGAGAGAGGUCAAGGCUAAUUUUAGGGAGUUUCAAGAUUGGCUGGAAAAACAUGGUGAUUAUGAAGCUAUUCUGGAUGGAGCUAAUAUUGGGCUCUACCAACAGAACUUUGCUGAGGGAGGAUUCAGCAUUCCUCAGCUUGAUGCUGUUGUGAAAGAACUGUAUGAUAGAAGUAAUAAUAAAUGGCCCCUUGUAAUCUUGCACAAUAAACGUCUUCGGUCACUUUUGGAGAAUCCUUUCCACAGAAAGCUAGUUGAGGAGUGGAUGGAUAAGGGUGUUCUUUAUAUGACACCUCAUGGUUCCAAUGAUGACUGGUAUUGGCUAUAUGCUGCUGUCAAACUCAAAUGUUUGCUUGUGACGAAUGAUGAAAUGCGUGAUCACAUUUUCGAACUCUUAGGAAGCAACUUUCUUCAAAAAUGGAAAGAAAGACAUCAAGUCCGAUAUACUUUUGUGAAAGGUAAUCUGAAACUUGAGAUGCCACCACCAUAUUCUUUCGUGAUCCAGGAAUCAGAAAAAGGAUCAUGGCAUGUGCCCAUAGUAGCAAAAAGCAACAAUGAGUCUACGCAAACAUGGCUGUGCGUUACCAGACCAAGUGUAUUUAAAUCACAUGACCAAGAAUUGGCGACCAUGGGAACGUCUGAGAAGGGUCAUGUUCUGUGCUGUAACAGUGAAAUUUUGAAGUCACAAUGAAAAUAAUGGUAGUUAUGAUUCUGAUAAUACUAGCACAGGUACGAAGCAUAUAUAAAUUACAAGAGCUAUUUAAAAAGGAAAUCGAAGGUCAGCAUUUCCCUUGUCGGGUGCGUUUUUUCUCACAACCAAUGCUUAUAGGAAGCUUGCUUUCAUAUGACAAGCAGCUCUUGCCUGUUUAUUUAAGUUAUAAGAAUUUUUCUGAGCACAAUGUUCUUCAGUUUCGAAUGCUGAUAUGCGCCAACCCAACUGACAACCCUUUUAUUCCUGUAUUUUGGUCUGGUUACUGUACAUUGCAUAAGCUCAUUCCAAAUAAUUUUUUUUCUUGUUCCGAAAGAAAUGUUUGUUUUUGAAACAAUAAUUUGUUACACGUAGUUA